UCCGCCGCUAGGAACUUCUUAACGAAAAAUUUAUGGUGUUCAAUCCGGCGAAUCAUGCGAUCUGUGCACAAAUGUUGGUGGAGUUGAGGCUCCCUCGGCUGGAGACCGGCGCCACAGAGUGAGUGGUGUGAGCGGGCCUGGCCGGGCUGAGCAAAAGCCGCAUCACAAAACGCUGCAAACACUCGGCGGUUACGACUACAACUUCUCGCACCGGCCCCGUGGCGGGGCGGGGCGGGGCGUGGACUGCCGGACAAAACAUGCUCCCGUUUGCCGUCCCCCGCCACGGCCCUCCCUCCCCAUGUGGAUGGCCGCAGUUUACACAGCGCAUUAAGACGUCCUGUGGUGGGCCGCAGACCCGCCGUGACGGAAGCUGUACUGUCCUCCCCCCACACACCCUCACCCCUUUUGCACACACACACACGCACACACACACGCACACCACACACAAGCCGACCCCUUUCGCUGCGAGGCCAACAGGCUGAACCAAACGCCCCUCCCGUUCCGGAAAUGCGGACCUAUCGCACCACUAUAGUGUGCACCGCACGGCCUGGUAGCGCAGAGAUACGGAACUAACGAGGAGUAGGUGGCACUUUGAAAAAUUAAUUUACACUGUUAUUUUUACAGAGGCAAAGUUUCUUUACGAUUUUCGUUUUUUGCAGCACGGUAGGUUGGUGUACCCGAUCGACUCGAGAACAUAUUUCUAGUUUGCGAAAAAAGUUCACACUGAUUGCUUACCUCAGUUAGUUGUGUUUUGUUGUUUUUUUUCAGAUAGGAGAGGUAAAAUCUUUGCCAUUGAAAAUGCGAGCGUGUGAGCUUUAUGCAUGCAUGCACGUGGUUCUUCCUCUUUCUGAUUUUGCCGGUGCCGUUGGCCGUGCGAGCAGCAGGCGCUCGGCUCCGCUCGGCUCGGUCAGCCAGUCCCUCAUGUUUCUCCGCCCUGUUUUCCAGGCUAAUCCCCCCCGCGCUGCUGCCGCACCACUACCACCUCGUCCAGCCGCACCAACACCCUGCGCACCUGUGCCGUGGGGGCCCCGGGCACACCCACAUGCUGCCAUCCCCCUGGCCGCUCGCUCCCACCUCCCCGGCCCCGACACCUCUCGGCUUUCAGGGGAUGACCGUCUUCAGACCGCCCUCUUUCCAGGGCUUCCUGGGCUUUCCACCGCCAGGCAGCCAAGGACCGCCGCCGGGCGGCUACAACGUCUUCCAGGGUUUACAGGGCCUCCAGGUCCCUGCCCUUGGCCUGCAGGGCUUGCAGGGCACCCGAGGAUUUCAGGGUUUCCAGGGCUUCCAGUUCGCGAGCACGGGUGACGUCUCGUGGGCUCGGUUCGCCGUCGACCUCGACAGGUGGUUCGAGGACACCUUCGAGGCCGAGAGGGUGUUCGUAAGGCAGGCCGACGAGGCCGUGAAGAGGCACUGGGAGACCACGGUCGCCCAAGAAAAGCUGGCGUCACUGUGGGAGCUAAUGCGGUGCGCGCAAAUGCUGCAGUGCGACGCCGACAAGCACCUGGACUUCGUCGGCUGCGUGCUGAGCGAGGUCGAGCACUACCUGUCCUUCCUGGAGGUCGCGGAGCAGGUGGAAGUGCCCGUCCUCAGCAGCAACGAGAAGUUCGACCUAUAUUGUAUGGUGCUCCGGAUGUCCAGGUGUUUGCUGACAGCCAGGGAGCAAGUGGUAGAUCUAGCAGCUCUAGUCAACAGUGCUACCAAGACGCAGAUGGAGCAGUUAGUCAAUGUCCUAGAUUCCCAAGCUCAUGCCCAGACAAGAAUACUAUCACUAGAGGCCAAACUGCAAAACAGUAUAGAUGUGGUCAAUGACUUACUCCGACAGGUGAAGAAACACACAAAUGAUAUGUGCUGGCCAAUAGCUUAUUGCUGUUAGUUGCUGGGACU